CGAAAUAAUGUCUAUAAAAUCGCAGAAAUCUUUAAACGAAGAAUGUUCCGAGAUAUUCGAAAGAAGCUACUCAGUGAAAAGUGCAUCUGAUGAUAGUUUAUCAUGUGAUGACGAAGAUGAAGAAUUGGCCAGAGAGCUGAUGAAGAGAAUGACGCCCGCCUUCCUCAGUAAAUUGAGACGAUGCUUCAAGAAAACUAAGGACAAGAGCAGGGAGCGCGACAUUGACAGAAAGAUCGAGGAAGUAAUGCGCACCGCUGCUGCAGAGGAGGGCGUGGAGUUCGGUCCUCCCGCGGCCGCAGCGACCGACCCUCUCUGGCUCGACGAGACCUCCUUUGUGAAAGCUGUUAACAAUAUAUUCGGUAAUCAUAAAUACGCCACUCACGCUCACAAGUUGUUCCGUAUGCUGGACCCUCUGUGCACCGGCAAGGCUCGCUGGGUGCGGCUGGUGGAGAGGCUGGUGGCAGCCGGGGCGCGGUCCACGGGCCGCAGGGACGCGUGGGAACCAGUCGAGUGCUCUGACAUGGUACAACUCAAGCAUUGUAAGAGAGAACCGAUAGUGAAACUGUUGAACGUGGAGACGGAGAGCACGUUCUGUUACGUCGCCGUGUCGAAGGGGGGGCGGGUCGGCGUGUACGACGGAGCCCUGGGGCUGCUGCACUCGUACGAGAUGUUUUACCAGAGAACGGGUCACAGGGGACAGGUCAAGAACCGCUGGGUCACCGAUGCUCUGUAUCUCACUGACGUCCAGUACAUCAUGAUAGCAGCGUCAGACCGCAGCCUGACCGUAUAUGACGCUAGCACUCUAUCACAUACAGCCUUGUAUUGUAUCACCGGCUUACCGAACAUACCUACAUGUCUAGGAUACAGUCCAUCCAGGAAAGCUAGUGAUUCUUCUGAGUUGGCUCUGGGCAAUGAACGAGGUCAAGUAACAAGGAUGCUGUUCUCGCAGCCAAGAGUUCAGUUCAUCUACAGCAAGACCAGCGACGCUAUUAAUUAUUACUUUUGGAUGGAGUUACUCUCCCCUCCCCACACGAGUCACGUUCAGAUAUCGUCCCACCGUGCCCACCGGCGGAGUGUCCGUCGCGUUAUGUACACACAGCGAGACGUCCUCGUGUCCUGUUCUCUGGACAAUACUGUUAGCGUCAGGAUCAAACACGUAUCGGGAAAAUUGAAUGAUUACACGUUCCGGGUCCACAGGGUGAGCAUCUCGAACGACAACGCUGGAAGUAAAGAUUAA